CUUGUUCUGUUUGCCAGUCGCACUCUACAGGAAGCUGCUGGAAUUGGGACAUGGCUGCCGCUGGAGACACAAAGGGGGAAUUGCAAAAAGAAUUGGUUUGUGCCAUUUGCCUGGAUUAUUUUGACGAUCCGGUCAUUCUAAAAUGCGGCCACAACUUUUGCCGUAUGUGCAUUUUAAUGCAUUGGGAGGAAAACGGAGGAGAUGACAUCGGCUAUCAGUGUCCAGAGUGUCGGAUGGUGUUUGGAAAAAUGAGCUUCACGAAGAAUUACUUGGUGAAGAACCUGGUGGAUAAACUGAGCGAGUUUGAAUGUCUGAAGACAUGCCGGCCUCCUGCACAAGCCAAACCAGCCAAAACAGAUGGCAAAUGUGAGAAACACUAUGAGGAGCUAAAACUUUACUGUCACACUGACAGAAAGCCCAUCUGUGUUGUGUGCAGGGAGUCAAGGGAUCACAGGCUCCAUGAUGUUGCUCCUGUACCUGAGGUUGUUGAGGACAUGAAGGGAGGUCUAAAGCUGAGGCUUAUCAAACUGAACUGGCAAAAGUCCAUGUGUGGCAGAGUCAAAGCGACAGAUGAGCAAGCCAAAGCAGAUGUCAAAUUAAAGAAGCAGGCUCUAAAGGAGAAGAUUGAGGACGAUGUGGGAGCACUGGUGCAGUUCCUGCUGGAUGAGAAGGACAGGCUGUUGGAGAGGCUGGAGGCUGAGGAGGCAGCUACUAUAGCCCUGAUUGAUGAGAAUCUUAAGCUGGUGGAAAGCGAGGCAGCUAAAGUGGACAAGGCCAUUGCUGAAAUUCAGAACCAGCUCAGCGAGGUUGCAAACUUUGAGAGCAUCAGCAAAGCAUAUUCGGGCCCAAGUCAUGUUAACCUUACAGUACAGGCGGUGAACUGUCCACCUGACUACACAGAAUUCACUGGACCAUUUCAGCUCAUCUUGUGGAAGAAGAUGAUGCAUGUGCUGCAUACAAUGCCCCAGAACCUGACGUUGGAUCUGGACACAGCACACCCAUCUCUGGCUAUUAGUGACUUUGACACAAAGGUGGAGGAAGGCCGAGCACGCUCGCAUGAGCCUGACUUGCCCAGGCGCUUCACUCGCUUCUUUGGUGUGUUGGCUACUGCGCAGUACUCCAGUGGCCAGCACUACUGGGAGGUAGAUGUGAGGGACAAAGGAGUGUGGUACCUGGGUGUGACGACCACACGCAGCAAUCGGAAGGGCUUUGUUAGUUUAUCACCUUCGGCGGGUUACUGGAGUCUGAGUCUGCACGACCGCCUCUACGCCAAUGAAGAGGAUGCACGCGUGCCUGUGGCUGAUUACUGGAGCUCUCCACGUGUCGGUGUCUUCCUGGACUAUGAACGAGGACACGUGGCUUUUUAUGACGCAGUCACCAUGAAGCGUGUCUACAGCUUUGCUGCGUAUUUCGACGAGCCCGUCUCGCCCUUCUUCAGCCCGGGCAAGAAUGACCCGGGCAGCCGCCUGCAGAUCUGCCACUAUUACUAAGAGACAAUCACUGCAUUUUAAUGUCCCGAGAAGUCGUCCAUGGCAGGCGAAGCUGACUGUCGCUGGCUGUUUCCUUACUACUGAUAAAGGGGCAUGGGUUAAAUUGAGAUGUGGAGAAAAUGGCGCGUUGUAUUUUGAGAAUGUUGUGUGAAGCUCCUGUAAUAGAAAACCGCUGCUUUCACUGAGAGCAAAACUGCAUUCAUUGUUUCUGCAAUCAGAAGUUUUCAUUCCUACAGUAGGCAUUCUUCUCUCAGGAGGUAGGAUGCCAUGGUGUGGCUCAGAUCUGUUCAUGAUCUGUUCAUGUGAAUUAGGGAGUGUAAUACUCUGCUAUGACUGAUCUUAAACAAGUCUAUACUUAUUACUGUUGGUUAAUGAUGUAGCCCUUGACAUUCAGGUCAAGAUGCUCUGCAGGUUUUAGCAAAUAUCAACUUGAGCUGCUUUUAAUGUUUUGUUUUACCUCAGUGUUGUUCUGUGUCUCCUUUAGAUGUGACCUCUUAAUCAGUGGAAUUUAGAUCAGUAGGUUUUGGACAUAGUUUGCUGUAAACCUUUUUUAAUAAAAAAAAACAAAAAAACUCGA